CUGGACAAACGGCUAAUAGGAUUCGUGGCUUUAGCGCGGAUCACGGUGAAAUUGUGAGGACAUGUGACCUCUGACGUUGGACUUUAAAACUGUGAAUACAGCAGGAUCAGGCAGCACCGCAGAAACAGGAGGGAAGGAAAGCUCCUGGGCGCUCUGGCAGUCGGUCCAGCAACAUUUCCAAGGUCAGCAACACAGCUUCAAGAGCAUCAACAACCCCGUCUGCUCAGGACAUCUGCAGCUCUGGCCAGCCGACCCGCUUAGAUGAUAUUUCUGAGUCCCGCAAACCCAGCAAGCACAAACCCAAUCCCUCUGCCAUGACGGUCACCAGCACAGCCCUGAGCUCGUCGGCCCAGGCCCAGAAGAAGAAGAGACGGCACCGCCGUAAGAGGAGCAGCUGCUCUACCUUCGACUGCGUGGACCUGAGCGGCAAACAGGAGCAGAGUGACCGCAGCCUCAGCUCCGACCGCAGUGAGCUGGGCGAGAAGCGGGAGCGCACCGUCAGAAACCGCAAGGAGCUUCCUCCCCGCCUCAGGCGCUCCGGCGCGCCGCAGUCCGAGUCCUCCACCGAAGACGAGGCUUGGCGGGAAGCCCGCAGCUGGAGCAAAGAGAAAGCCCGACGAGCGCGGCGCCGCAGCGUCAGCAGCCGGGAGAGGGACGCCGCAGGCGGCCGCAGAGCGGGGCAGGACAAGGGGGAGGCCAUGGAGCUGCAGUCAGUGAACUCGGACGAAGAGAAGGAGAACCAGCCCCUGGUGGAGGACAGCGGUGGUCUCAAGAAGCGACACAGCACCAGGGGCUCGGCGAAGAGCCCCGUCUCCCAGAAUCGAAGGUCCCAAAGCAGAGAGGGGGAGAAGAAGAGCUGCCGGUCCCGGAGCUCCAGAGACAGCUCCUCGCUGGCAGAGGACGGCGAGCAACUGAUCACCAAGCGAUACCAGGAGAGGGGGUCAGGAGACGGGGACAUGUCGGUGCCAAUCCCCCAGAACCACUGCGGGGCCGGGGAGGGUCACGGGGGCGCAGCCGGACCCGGUUCAGACGACUCUGAGCUGGAGGUCUGCAGGAUCUGCCACUGUGAGGGAGAUGAGGACUGUCCGCUGAUCACGCCCUGCCGCUGCACCGGCAGCCUGAGCUUCGUUCACCAGGGCUGCCUCAACCAGUGGAUCAAGUCGUCCGACACACGAUGCUGUGAGCUCUGCAAGUUCGACUUCAUCAUGGAAACCAAGCUCAAACCUCUGAGCAAGUGGGAGAAGCUGCACAUGACGAAGAGCGAGAGGAGGAAGAUCUUCUGUUCGGUUUUGUUUCACUUCAUAGCUAUAGUGUGUAUGUUGUGGUCUGUCUACAUUCUGGUCAAGAGAACCACGGACGAGAUCCGACUGGGGAAGAACGACGAGUUACGGAGAUUUUCUCUUCUCAAGUACUAUUCAGCUCAGGGUGUACUGGAGUGGCCCUUCUGGACCAAGCUGAUAGUAGUGGCCAUCGGCUUCACGGGCGGCCUCAUCUUCAUGUACAUCCAGUGCAAAGUCUACCUGCAGCUGUGGCGCCGCCUCAAGGCCUUCAACCGCAUCAUCACGGUGCAGAACUGCCCGGAGAAGAACCUGCACCACCCUCCUCAGGCCCGGCCCGGCGCCCUGUCCAACGGGAAGCAUGAAGCUGUGGAGGUUCCCGUCGCUCCGGCUCUGGCUCCGGCUCAGGACAUGGACUCGGACUUGUCCGUGGAGGCUGCAGUGGCGCCGGACCCAAACCCCGUCUGACCGCUCCUGCUGCGUGCCGGACCACGCUCUGCUCUGUUCAGAGAGGCAGGAGAGAGAGCAAGGCGUGAUUCAAGACUCAGGUGGUACAUUCUACUCAGCUGCAGAGAUAACUGGUCUUUGAGAUGCAGCAGAUGAGUCUAAGUACUGAUCCCGUCCAGGACAGCUGGCAUGAUGUGGAGGGACAAAACGCAAGAGGUCGGUAAGAAAAGAGAGACAAUAAGAAGGGGACUGAAGAGGAAAGACGUGGUCUAAUGGCUUGCUGAUGCCAUGUUAUAGUAUGCACUUUCUAAACCUGCACUGAUAGAAAUGAUGUAGUUGAAAACUCCUGAGGAUGGGUUCAACCAGAGUGCUUCAAAUACAUCUAGCAAACUGAAAUCUGAGUUCAAAUAUAAAGCUUCACACAUCCCACAUAUACCGGACAAUAUAUAACACCAUAAACACAUGAUCAAUAUCAAUGGAUAAUGCAGCUGUUAGAAAAUUCAAUAUUGAGAAUAUUCACUGAACUGCACAGCAUUCUGGAAGAUGUAGGCAAAGGUUUAGCCGCUCAAGGCUAGCAAAGCAAAGUUGCUGGCAUCAGGUGGCCAGGCAACAACCAGGUCCUUGUUCUACAUCGUUUGCUUCGUACAGAGACUCUAGAUUCUCAGCUGUUGAGAAACAAUUGCUUCCUGGAGGCAUGGACUCAGGUGAAGUUUUAAAUUGAAAAUUGUCUUCACUGUAAACAAUCGUCCUCCACUGCAAAGAGAGAAGUGCCGAGCUAAACAAGAUGGCUGUUAAUGGUAAUUCAAUAUUUGGAAGAGAGACCAAAACACACUGUGAUCGACUUCGUUCACUUCCAACGCUGCCAUUGGUAAAACAGUGCAGAAAAUCAGCGUCAUCGUUGUGGACUCCUCCUUGUUUCUGAUUGGCCUGGUGGAAAAUCUACUGGAGGAAAUUCAGCGUUGGGAGAAAGCCCAGACUGAAGGCUAGUGGCGUCAACUGAUUCACUCACUCAUUGGUUACCUAGCAACAACCUGUUCAGUAACUUGAGCAGCAGCAGUGUCAGUUUUUGCCACAGUGCCCAAUAAAUUCUUAAAAAUAAAAAACAGCAUGGAGAGAAAACUGGAUAAAACAGGAACGGUCACGCCACCAGUUUGGCAGGAUUUUAGAUAUAUAAAACAAAAAAGUAAUCAGUAAUUAUCAAUAGACUGAUAUGAAACACUUAUAUGUCGAAAUAUCCAGCAGACAAUGACGUACAUUAGUUGAAAUCCUCUCAGCCUGCACUAUUAGAAACCUCUAAACGUCACAUUUACACGAUCAGACCCACUAACUGGUUUUGUCUACAUUGCAGAAGUAUUCAUGCCCCUAAAAAUCCCUUCUGCCAAACUGCCCCAGGGUAGCAGUGGCUACAAGCUAGCUCCCCACCAUCAGUGUGUGAAGAGCUGUGGAGAUGUAGAAAAUCAGGACUUUUGCAGAUAUUUAACAUUCUGUCAUUACAGCAACAAAAUUCCUUCAAUUUAACAGAAUUUUAUUUGAUAUACAAAUACAAAAUAAAGUUCUGGAUGAGUUUUGAUUCAUCCUCCCUUUUAUCUGACACUACUAAAUAAAACCCAGAGCUCCACAGAGCAGUUCAUAUGAGACUCUGUCCACUGGGCGACUUCAAACACUCUGGGACAAUCAGGUCUUCAGACACCAAAGACUUGUAAUUAUUAAAGCAUUUAGUCUUAAUUCCAGUGUGGAUCUAAAUAUGUGACCUUUGAAAAUGUAUUAGGACAGUUUUGUCGUUGUUUGUUUGUGGUUCUUACUCUGCAGGUCAGUGAUUUCAAUGUCAAUGAUUAGAGGUUUUACAGUUGCCAUCUGUUGGUGUUUUUUCGUUAGACUGCAGCCGUGUCUGUCUAAACCUUAAAAAGGGAUGAAUGUUUAAUUUUCUCAAAUUUUCUACAGAUGUGAUUUCCAGUGUCACAGGUUACAGUUCAGGGGUCAGAGCGUAUUUAUGUCUUCAAUCCACAGUCCGUUCAUAGGUCUGAUUGGAGACGCUGUGGGUUACAUGCAAAACCUUUUCUUUUUUUUUGUCUGUGCAAUAAACGAUGAAUGUAGAACAUAAAAAAA